AUGCAAAAUCAGACCACAGUGACUGAAUUUACCCUGACUGCCUUCCCUGUUCUCCAGAAUCUUCAGAUUUUCCUGUUCAUAGUCCUCUUGUCUACUUACACACUUACUCUAAUGGGAAACAUUGUCAUCAUUUCCCUAAUAUGGGCUGAUAGUCGCCUCCAAACCCCAAUGUAUUUCUUCCUCAGUACUUUGUCAUUUUUGGAUAUUUUAUACAGUACCUCAGUGACCCCAAAGCUCUUAGCCUGUCUCCUAGGGGAGAGGAAAACCAUAUCUUUUGCUGGCUGCAUCACCCAAACAUACUUCUUCUUUUUCCUGGGGACAGCAGAGUUUAUCCUCCUGGCAGUAAUGUCCUUUGACCGCUAUGUGGCCAUCUGCAACCCCCUGCGCUACACCCUUAUCAUGAACAACAGGGUCUGCUUCCUGCUGGUUCUGGGCUGCUGGGUGGGGGCCUUUCUGUCAGUGCUGUGCCCAACUAUUGUGGUUUCCAGAUUGCCUUUCUGUUAUAAAGAAAUUAGUCACUUCUUCUGUGACAUUGCCCCUCUGCUACAGGUGGCAUGUAUUGAUACCCAUUUCAUUGAGAUGAUAAACUUCCUCUUAUCUUCCCUUGUCCUCCUGACCUCUCUGGGGCUCACCACCAUGUCCUACACCUAUAUCAUUUCUACCAUCCUGCGCUUCCCCUUGGCCCAAGGUCGUCAGAAGGCCUUUUCCACAUGUGUUUCGCACAUCACUGUCAGCUCUAUUGCCUACGGGAGCAACAUCUUCAUGUAUGUGAGGCCCAGCCAGAGCUCUUCACUGGAUUUUGACAAAGUGACAGCUGUUCUCACCACAAUAGUGACUCCUCUUCUUAACCCCUUCAUUUAUAGCCUAAGGAAUGAAAAGGUGAAGGAAGUUGGGAGAGAAGCAGUCAACAAAAUGAUGUCUUUAACAUAUGGGAGAACUUGA